AUGUUUCUUGCAGGAACAAAUGAUUUUAUUGGAACAAUCAACUUUAACAAGCAGGAAGAAGCUUGGGGUGUAAUCAUAUCUGGUUCUGUUAAUCGCCUGAGACCUCUGGCAACAUUGGGUUUCCAUAUCCAUUCGCAACCUAUUGGAGACAAUCAUAAUUGUAGCGCUGGUGGUGCUCAUUUCAAUCCUUACAAUACUUCUCACGGGAUGCCCAAAGAUUCUCUUAUGCAACGGCAUGUUGGUGACCUAGGCAAUAUUGAAGUAAAUGCUGAUGGAAGAGCCUAUGUUGCAUUGCGUGAUGAUAUCAUUUCGCUAGGAUUCGAUAAGACAAGAAAUGUUAUUGGUUUGCCUCUGAUGAUUCACAAUUUAACUGAUGAUGGAGGUCAUACUGGCAAGGGCGAAAGUAAUAUGACUGGAAAUGCUGGUCCUCGUAUAGCAUGUGGAACAAUACUUCUUGGUUGA